CUUUAAUGAACCUACGCACAAAGCCACAAAGGUCAGAGAAUAAAGAAAUUAGAAGAACGAAUGAAGUCAAUGAACGAUUGAAGAAGACUGUCAGGCCGUGCGACUGUGCGAGGAAGAAGGCGAGAACCGAGGUCCUAGGAGCAGCAAACCUGCGAGUCUGCGAGGAAGACUGUCACGCCUUGUUCCUCUGACCGCCGUCACGCCGUGCUUCAGCCGUCAUGCCCGUCUCUGGGUUUGCCUCAAGCCGCACAGAUAUAGUGAAUGACUGAAAGAUGAAGAAGCAGACAAGCAUUGACUCUCAUUUUAAGAGAAAAACUGUUGAUUCGAGUUGUAGUCCGAGUAAUCCGGUCAAUGCAGAAACUGUAAAUGUAGAAGUUACUAAUACUUCCAAAUAUUUGGGUUGUUCUAGUCUUUCAUUUGAUAUCAAGAAUCUAGAACGUGAUCCCGGAAAACGCCCUCAGAUAUGGGAAUAUCCUGUUAAUCAAAGAGAUGAAGUUAUUCGAGCAUAUUUGGAGAUGGGGCCAUAUCAAAUACAUCUUGCAAAGUAUCCCCUGUCCGAUGAUAAGCGCCCUCGAAGAUUUCAGUUUUCUUGGUUUCAAAAGUUUCAUUGGUUGGAGUAUUCCCCCACACAAGAUGCAGCAUAUUGCUUUCCGUGCUACCUUUUUGCAAAGCCUAUAACUCGUCAUGGAACUGAUGCUUUCACUCUUAAAGGUUUUAAAAGUUGGAAAAAAGUUAAUGACGGGGCUAAUUGUGCUUUGCUGAAUCAUGUGGGUCAAGAUCCAUGUUCUCCACACAAUAAUUCUUGGAAAAGUUGUCAAGAAUUAUUGAAUCAAUCGUGCCAUAUUGACAAAGUCAUCGAAGCACAAACUCUAGAGGUGAAGGAAGGUAACCGCUUACGGGUUAUGACCUCUAUUGAUGUUGUUUGGUGGUUGGCUUCGCAAGGAUGUGCUCUACGAGGUCAUGAUGAAUCCUCUACUUCUAGAAACCGAGGUAAUUUUCUUGAAAUGGUUUCACUUUUAGCAUCAUAUAAUGAACAAGUUGCUAGUGUUGUCUUGGAUAAUGCUCCAAAAAAUUCUAUGUAUACUUCUCCCAAAAUUCAAAAAGAGAUCUUACACAUUCAUGCUAAUAAAGUGCGCCAUAAGAUUCGACAUGAUAUUGGUGAUUCUAAGUUUUGCAUUCUUGUUGAUGAGGCACGUGAUGAAUCUAAGAGAGAGAAAAUGGCUAUUAUUUUGAGAUUUGUUGAUGAAAAGGGGUUCAUUAGAGAGCAUUUCUUUGAUGUUGUGCAUGUUAGAGAUACCGCAGCAUUAACUUUGAAAAAAGAAAUUUGUGCCGUUCUUUCAAGAUUUUGUCUUGAUGUUCAGAACAUUCGUGGUCAGGGAUACGAUGGUGCUAGCAAUAUGCGGGGAGAAUGGAAUGGGUUGAAAGCAUUAUUUUUAAAUGAUUGCCCUUAUGCCUACUAUGUUCAUUGCUUAGCACAUCGGUUGCAAUUGGCAUUGGUUGCUGCUUCUAGAGAGGUGAAAUAUGUGCAUAAUUUUUUCACCGAUUUAGUCUUUAUUAUUAAUGUGACUAGUUCUUCUUGCAAACGAAAUGAUGAAUUAAAGGAAGCUCAAGCACUUGAAAUUGCAAGAUUGUUGGAAAUUGGUGAGCUUGAAACAGGCAGGGGACUUAAUCAGGUUGGUACAUUACAACGAGCUGGAGAAACUCGUUGGAGCUCACAUUUCAGUUCUGUUUGCAGUUUGAUUAGGAUGUUUGCCGCAACUUGUUCUGUUUUAGAAGAUGUUGAAGAGAAUGGCAAUAACUAUUCUACUCGUGGAGAUGCAGCUGGAGCACUUAAGAAGAUUAAAUCUUUUGAUUUUGUUUUCUUGUUUCAUCUUAUUAAAGAAAUUAUGGGCAUUACAGAUCUUCUAUGUCAGCAUCUACAAAAGAAGUCCCAAGACAUAGUAAAUGCUAUGCAUUUGGUGUCAAGCACCAAAUUGUUGAUCCAAAAGUUAAGGGAGGAUGGAUGGGAUAACUUCUUAGAAAUUGUUAAAGAGUUUUGCAAAAAGCAUGAGAUUGAAGUUCCAAAUAUGAAGUCUCCUUAUGUGGCAAAACGCAAACGCAACGAUCAAGAAGGGUUUGAUAUUGAACGUCACUAUCGGGUUGAUAUGUUUUAUGCAACCAUAGAUUCACAAUUGUUGGAGCUGAAUAGCAGAUUCAGUGAACAAAUAAUGGAUCUUCUUACUCUUAGCGGUGCUUUGGAUCCUAAGGACUCAUAUAAGUCCUUUAACAUUGAUGAUAUAUGUUCUUUAGUGGAUAAAUAUUACCCCUUUGAUUUUAUUGAGCAGGAGAAGGUGGGCUUGAGGUUUCAAUUGCAACAUUAUAAGCUGAAUGUUCUAAACCAUCCAAAGUUGGCUAAUUUGUCUACAAUGGGUGAACUUUGUCAAGGAUUAGCAGAGACGGAGAUGUCAAAAGUGUACUUUCUUAUUGAUAGAUUGAUCCGACUUUUGUUGACUCUACCGGUUUCGACAGCAACAACAGAAAGGGCUUUUUCAGCAAUGAAAAUUAUAAAAACAAGGCUUCGCAAUAAAAUGGAGGACGAGUAUCUAGCAGACAACCUUGUUGUUUAUAUUGAAAGAGAAAUUGCUAAAACUUUUGACUCAAAAGCCAUCAUUGAGGAAUUUAUCUCAUUGAAGGAGCGUCGGGCACAAUUCUAAGGUACUAACUUUUUUAUUGUGUAAUAAUAUAUUUGUCUCUUCUUCUAAUUUUUGCUUACUGUGUAAUACUUCAUUUAAUUACUAUCAUAUUAAGGUUAUAACUUAUUAUUAUUAGCGCCUAGAUUUUUUUUGUUUAAAUUACCGCCCCCCCCGAUACCAAUUUCCUGGGUCCGCCCCUGGUGACACUACCUUCCCGAGUGCCUCCUCUUUCUUCUUUCCAUCGACCAAUGUAUGUAAUUCAAUAAGUUAUUUAAAUUGGAAAUAUUGCACGCACUUGGCAUGUUUAACCGGUGAGUCCAUUUUUUUUAACCCGAAAGGCAAACCACCAAAAUCAGUGGGGCAAAUGUCGGGGAACAUUUGCCAGAUUUUAUUAAUAAGCAAAAGAGAACAGAACGAAGAGGGGGGCCAUACCAAAACCUCUUCUAGAGGGCAUUCCCUUUAAAAAUAUACACAUAACAACAAAUAAUGAAAGCUCUAUCGGGGGCUAGACCUGACCCAAAAGAGAAAAAAUACAAUAACAAAAAUACAAAUUUAAUAAACACAUCUAAAAGAGGGAAGACCAAAUAAAUCACGAAAAUAAGCUUGACGGGCCUUACCCGGAAGAUCAUUAAUCCUGCUGUAAAUUUGAAAAUGGGCCGAAGGAGUAAUCGAAAGAUAAUGGGCCGUAUAAUUGCCCUCUCGCAUCGCAUGUCCAAGAGAAACCCCUUUCCUAAUUUCUUAACCUUUCAUUUCCUCAAUCAUCCCCUUUCCUAACUGGUGAGUCCACUCUUCGGGGGAUUUGGUAUCCUCAUACCAAGAAAUAGCAUGCGAUUCCACACCUCCAUUCUUAACUUUCGAGUAACGCACCAUGUCCUCUCUCAUGGGAGAGGCCUUGCAUCAAGAUGAGGAGCGCUUGGUGUAAUUGAUCUCCCAUCGUGUGGUUGCACUACUUCCAGUCUCUACAGGGGCGGAUCCAGGAAUCUGAACUGGACUGGAUUGAAGAGUAAUUAUACUAGACUUAAACGUUAGAGGGGUGAGCUAAGUAUCAAAAAUGAAAAAAAAAUCACUAAAAAAAUUGAACAAAAAGUUGUUCUGAGCUUCAUCCCACUAUAGCCACUGUUCAAAAAAUCGGCCUAGGCGGACCGAUUAAUCGGCCUAGGCGGCCUAGUCGGCCCUAACCGUAGAGGCCUAGUCGGCCUAGUCGGCCAAAAAAAUCGGCCUAGUCGGCCGCCUAGGCGCUAGGCGCCCCUCAACCGCCCGACUAGCGCCUAGCGAGUUUUAGAACAAUGACUAUAGCCUAUAUGUAGAUCCUCCCUUGAGUCCCUAUGCUCUGAGACGUGUGCAACGCUCCAACCGCUCGGCACCUCUUCGGGGUGAUCAACGAGAGUGGGUCAGGGGGAGGGGGAGGGGGGGAGGGGGAGGGGGAGGAGGAGGAGGAGGAGGAGAAGGACCUAGGCGACAAAAUUACUCUACCCUCCCAUUAAAUUUGAUCAAAUUUAACUUCUAUGUAAAAUAAUAAAAUAAAAAAAGUGGAUUGAUAUUUGUGGAAUAAAAGGGAAAUAACUUUAAUUAUAUAUUUAUUACGAAAUAAAAGCGUUUUUUGAGAAUUCUUAAUAAGGAAAAUUAGCAAACUUUUGUAGGACGAGAUGAGUAUUAGAAUUUCUUAAUAAGAGUGUUAUUGUUUUCUUCCAAAAUUGGACACAUGCACUCCUAUUUAGAAAGAUUUGUAUUCUUUUAAUAUUUAAAUAGGACAACAUCCUAUUUUAGGAAGAAAGUGCAAUAAGUUCUAUUUUAGAACUUUACUAUGAUGUUUAGAGGACUAAUGUCAUACAAAAAUGGGGUAAGGGUCAGAUAGGGUCUCGAACUUGAAAAAAAAUGUCAAAUAAGGUCAUAUUUAGGAUGUUCUGUCCGGCCAACGCCAUUUGGGGCG